AUGUCCAUGCUUCGGACUAGCGGCGAUCACCUCCUUAGUUACCCUUAUUGGCCCUUGCCUCUCAUAGGAACAGAAGAACCAGAAGAACCAGAAGAACCAAAGAACCAGAAGAAACAGCUUAUCAGCGUCUGGCCUGAGCCAAAAAGGCCAACCAGCUACCUAGGUAACCAGGCUACAUCUUCCACUAUCUUCUUAUAUAUAUCAACUUCAACCCCGCGGACUCUCACCUCGCAACCUCGAGACGGCUCGCACCCUUGA